UACAAUUGCCAAGGGUAUGCAAGAUCUAUUUCUAGAGUAGUUAACAGCCGGCAAACAAUGGUUUACUGAUACUUCAAACGGUAGAUGUCUUCCACAUGCAUACUUUAUGAAACAAAUGUCGAUUGCAGUAAAACAAAAGUAAUUGGCAUAGAAUAAGAAUUAAUAGUUCACGCUAAUAAGAACACUUUAUAUUUUUGGAUCCGCAGCGGAAUUAUGGUUGCUACUGUAACCGUAUUGUGCGCAACAUGAAAUAGGCAGCAACCACUAGUGGUAGCAACACCUAUUUGUUAUCAGUAUCAGCAUCAGUUUUAGGUUUGAAGUAUAGCCCCGUGAUCACAUGCAAACACUGGUGGAGGGUGUCAAGGGAGUGCUUCCAAAAACAUGUCACAAAACCACGCCGUUAAGAGUGUUCCAAGCACCUUCUCGAUAUACUUGCAGCCUUUGCUAUUCAGCUCUGAAAAUAAAGUGGGGUAGCUUCCUCUAACUUGGAUUUGGAUAAACAAUGAUCGAAUAUGGCUCGAUCCCUGUUUUCACGAGUUUGUUUUUCGACCCUUUCUUGUUUAUGAUGUCUAAAUAGCAAAACUACGCAAAUUUGGUGCAUGCUCUUGUAGACCUAUCGAAGCAAGGACGAGCGUGUAAAGUUUCUCAAUCAUUGAGAGAUUCUAUCUAUAAAUUUCUUUAUAAAAGGCCUUUUUGUCAAUAACGUGUAUGAUGCCUCUACUUUUUGGUGUUGUUGUGUUCGUUAUUGAUACAUUGCAAUCAGGGACGUUGGAACCAGGGAGGCACUAGGGGUAAGAGCCCCAAACGUAUUGAAGAAUGUCCCUUUUCUCCGCAAAAAGAAAAGGAUUUCCAAGAGGUUUCAGAUAAAACCAUAGGAUUUUCACCAAAACUGUACGAGAUUUCAUAGAGUUUUUUGCUCAUCGGUGUGUAUCACUCUCUCUUUGCCCCUCAUAAUUUGAAAAGCCUCCAAUACUUUAGAUUAUAGUUCAUUUGCAAGCAGAAUUCUUAAAAGAAGGAGUCGGGUUUUGACCUUCCAGCGUGAAGAGGUUGCUUUUAAAUAGCAAAUAACUCCGAGAGUCAGCUGAUGUUUGAGAAGGCAACAUAACCAGACGCAAUCAGACACGAAACAAAAAGUAGCGACAACGGUGACAACAGACUCGGCACAUGAACAAACAAAGUUGUCUGAGCAAUAAUACCUGUUUACUAUCAUGAGAUUCCAGGUUACAAACGUAGAAAUCAUGAUAUUGAAUACUUGGGAUGGUAAUUGAGUAGCCUAGACACGCAACAUGAAAGGGGUCUGGAGCACAGCCUGGGAAUUGGGCAGCCACCCCCCCACACACCUAGGGAAAAAUGAGUUACGUUCUAACGACUCUGUGAAAUGUAUAUAGUUUGAAUUUUUAGAUUAUCACCAUGUUUAGUCAGAAAACGGUCCAUAAAUGGUCCCAAUGUUCCUUCCUCCUGAAAAUUAAAUACGUUGCUUACAUUUACCAAAGGCAUAACCAAUAUCUUUAUCUUUAUAGCAGAACACGGGUCGUGCUGCUAUGAUUUUGUCGCGUGCAAACCGCGUGCAAACCGCGUGCAAACCGCGUGCAAACAGGGAUACUUCGCAUUGAUAAUCUUGAUGAAAAGAGAUGAAAAUUGGCGUCAGCCUUCUUUGUCUGAAUGAAACAUACUAACCAAAUAUGGAAGACAUGUUUUUAAAAAAUGACGAAUGUUAUGAAAAGUAGAGGCUCGGGACACUAGCCCUGUACAACCCCACCCUACAUUAGGACAACGAUAGCUCAGUUCUAGCAAGUUUGUAAACAAUUUGGGCAAUGUUUAUUUUCCAGGUAGGCUUGACACAAUUGACGUAACCAAUCUGUUCCAUAUUCACUUGAGCCUCUAACACAAUUUUUGUAGAGUGGCAUCGCCAUCUUGGUGCAUUAGCAAGAAUCUGCAUGGUUUGAAUGCAUCUUGUAAAAAUGUAAACAAAUAGGCCUGGUUUUUUAUUCAAAAGGCACGAGGAAACAACUGACGUCUUUUCUUCAGUUGUUGACUGCUUCUGAUUUUGACACUUUAUUACACUAACAAUUUUUUUAAUUAGCGAUGCAUACUCAGCAGUUCAGGACCAGUUUGGGUAUCAUAAAGCUCUGGAAAUCUGGUAAUUUGCCCGUUUUACUGAAAGACUGAAUAUUUUCCUCCCCAUUCUCAUUUUUGGUCUUGAGAUUCUCUUUCGACAUCUGCCACCAGUGUCCGCGUUAGACUAAGAACCUAAGCUCCUGCGAAGGAGCAAAUCAAAUACAGCAUUAUUAGUUCAAGGUUUUUUGAGAAGGCAGGGCUUGAAUACAAGGUGUUAUAGACACUGAACUGCGAGUCCGGUUUCAGAUUAAUAAAUAUUUUACAUAAUUUAGUAAAACAUAUGGCUAGAAUUUCCAGACCUGCAGUCAUGCAGGUACCUAACCACUAUAAGAUGGUCUGAUCAAACACAUCUUUGAGAUCUUUUGUUGCGCGCACAGGCAACCAGUUCCUUUAUUAAGACUAAUUUUCCCAGAUUCGACUUGAUGUUUGCAUAACUCAUCUCAUUCACUAAACAAAGUACUUGAAUGUUAAUCCCGAGAGAGCAGGCAGAGGACCGAGUGUCUUGAUGUUGGCCCUCAGCAACAACGCAGUUUCGUGACCAAACGAGGAGAAUUUGAUGAUGUGGUCAAACUUCGAGGGGUGUGUAUUUUUCUCGGGAUCAACUCUUCUCUGAGAAGUACCUUUAUGUGCAAGGAAACAGAUUGUCGACUAACUCACUGUUUGGAGUAAAUCUUUUCCACGAUGAAACAAACUGACGAACAAUGCCAAUUCGUAAAGAUAUGUUUCUAAGGAAGUCCAAGAGUAAAACGGAGUUGUUCGUAUUGCUGCCAAACAAACCAAAGGACAUCAUGAGCCCAACGAACCGACAGUCAGGUCGGACAAUUACCAUCGAGAACGGUAUAGGGCAGUGUUUGGAGAAGUCGAGGGAGAAUGAGCAGCCAACGAAAGGAGACAGAAGUGGAACGGGUGGUUUUAAAGACGAUUUAUCGGAUCUGAUUUUUGUCGAAUCUCAUGACAAAUGUUUACGGGAUUUUGGCAGCAGCAAAGAAUACGAUAUUAUGCAUCUGCAUAGAAAAUAUGAGAAACUACGCGAAUACAACUUACAAACAAAAGUUUCCGAUGCUGAAUUUCGCAGUGAUAGGAGUUGGACGAGUUUGGACACCUGUCAGCGAAGUCCGAGAAGAUCAGCGUCGGCGGAAAGAAAGUCGGUCAGAUUUGAAGACGACCUCUCCAAUAGUCUCAGCAAUAAAGCACGGAUAAUUUUACCAAUUUCAGCGAAAGGAGAGGAUUUAAAUCAUAACACGGUUGAAUGUAAAGCAAACAGUAGGAUUCCGGUUUUGAAAAAGAGAGAACCGACUUCACCAGUGCAAUGCUGUAAGACUGGAAUAAGACGUGAUUAUUUGGAGUCACCAACGGAUUUGCGAGAGUCCGGGUCUUGUGAAGAGGCACCGGAGCCCCGUGGCAUACUUUCCAAGACAUUAUCCGAAAACCCUUUUAACAUCAAGAGGUCAGAUAUUUUCGUACCCGAGACCAAUUUUAGGUGUCAUGAAUGUGAAAAGAUGUUUAAGUAUCAAAGUAACCUGAAGAGUCACGUGAUGACGGUGCACGGAGGAGCUUUGUACAGAUCGGGAAGCCAGAAAUGUUUGCGAUCGAUGGAUGACUUGUUGAUCUGUGACGUGUGCUCCGUGGUCUUCAAAUACUCCGUGAAUUUAAGAGCCCAUAAGGCUGGACAUUCAAGAAAUAAGUUGAACGCAACAAUUUAAGGGGUUAAUUUGACGAUUAAAGGGGAAUCCUGAAUAAACGCCUCCCCGCUGAAUAAUUUUUCAAAAAAGUCAACCCACGAUAUCCUUAUACCCACAACGUUCUAUUUUAUAAAUAUGGAGCAACUAAGUAUAUAAGUUCCUAAUUGCAUAUUACAUACCAGGGCGUUGAGACUUGGGGUAGUCAGAAAAAUACCUCUGGCCUCAAGCUUUACUGGGGGUCUAGACCUGGCUCAAAACCCCCCUGAUUUCAUAACAGAUCAAAAUAAAUGUAAAUCUGUCGUCUUUAGGAAACCGAUUAUUUUUCAGCCAUCUCAGCUUUUCUGCUAGGGAAGCUUCCACUUUGUAAGAAUCGUGUUCCUUACAGAAGGAGAGGGCUUUUGCUGGCAUCCCCUUACCAGCCCUUUUGGCCAUUACCAGAUGGUCGAAUGCCUAAUUUAUUGCUUAAAUAUACCUAAGCCCUAACUCCAUUAAUAACGGAGUUUAGACCAUGGCAUACCUACUAGGCGAAGAGGGCCAAAGCUACAAUAAUUUUAACAAUUUGAAAACUAAACAUGUUGGAACAUCGAAGGAGUCGCGUGGAAUGAAAGACACAGCAGACAUUUAUAGCUUUGUUGUGCUCAAAUUCGAAGUUGAAAUGGCCUAGAUUUGAAAUAGACCUACCCGUCGGAAAAUACACGUUAAUAUUAUAGACUGUAAAUAGAGUGUAUAUAUCUUCGUAGCGACUAAAAAGCAAUAUCUUGUCAUAUGAAAGGCUUAACUAUCAUGUAAAUAGCUUAAAGUGGAUUAAAAUAGCCAUUUCUUUUAAAAUUAUACGAAAUGGAUUUACUCAACUGUGCGCUGUUUUACUAUUGCAAAUAUGUGAUGACUUUGUACAUCUUCUGCGUCACAUGAAUAAGGGAUGAAUGAUUUCUUGGUAUUGAUUUUCAUCAUGCUUCCUCGAUUAAAGAUGGUUGACAGACUUAUCGGCAUCAGCGUUCCUCUUUCAAAGUACAGGAAUCGUAACAUCUUCUUUAAAGGGAAUCUCUCCUUGUCAGGGCAGAAAACAAGCACUCGACCCGUGCUGAAAUGUGAAGUCCCCUGAAGCAUAAAACCUGAUGAGCUGCACAUUAUGUAAGGGAUGGUUGAGUAGUGGGGCUGCACUGUAACCAGGACGACUAUUUUUCCAUGUUUGGGAGACUGAACACCCUCAGGGUCCCUUCUGGCUUUAGGCCUGGUCCACAAUUUUACAAGGCGAAUGGGCAAAAACACAAAAAAUUUAUCUAGCAACGAUUUGCAUUAAUAGGCCUACUAUUUGAAAGAGAGAGUUCGGAAACACGACGAAACGACGAAUCAAAAGUGCGAUGCUACCCUUUUACGUCCCUUCAAUUAAUCUAAGUAAUAACAACGUGAUGCACAAAAAUACUUAUAUCGAGCAUAUGUUGCAAUCAUAUUGCGAUG